UGACUAUGUCAAACUUUUUAUAUAUAAUAAAAGUAAAAAUUCGAAAAUAACUAAGUUGUUUGUUUUAGCUUCUUGUUAAUACAUUGAAGAAUUUUGUUUUAUUAAUUAGUUUUAUUAAAGUAGAAUGAAUGUUCCUAUAGUAUUGACUUUAAAACAGAUUUGUUGUACUUGUUUAAGUACUGAUAGAAAGCUAUUUCAGCUGUGUAAAAUUAACGAUGGCGUAAAUUAUUUAUAUUAUUUGUUAUCGUCGGAUCCUGAUGGUUACAGUACAGCAUUCUUACAAGAUAUUGUGAAUUUACAUGUUUGUUGGGAAUGCAGAAGUGUGAUCAUGAGACAAAUUAAUUUUAAAAAGCAGGCUUGUUUGUCCCAAAAAAAGCUGUCAUUAUUGACCAAUGGUUCUAUUACAAUAAGUGUACUGGGAAAAUCAUUGUCUCGCCUUACAACAUGUUAUCAAAACAGCUACUCUCAUAUAUAUAAUUCAGAUGAUCCAAUAGAAAAUUAUAUAAUUUAUAGUCCAGACAUAUUUAUAAAAACCGAAGAUACAGAUUUUGAUACUAUAGAUAGAUUAAAAGACCAUGAAAAUGAAUCAGAAGAAAAAUCAUUAAACAAUAAAUUUGAUAACACUUGUAUGAAUUCUACUACGAUUUCUGAUGAUAUCAGAUAUUCAGAUAAAAAUUCAUGGGAUGAAAGACUGAAAAGUGAUGUUACAAAUGAAUGUUUAGUUGGAACAGAUAAUAUUAGAUUAACUGGAAAUUCUAGCAUUCAUCCAGUAUAUACUAAUCACAGUUCUAGUGAUCAAGAAACAAAGGAAUAUUAUAUACAAAUCAAGGAAAGUGCACUUAAAAUAGAGCUGCUGAAAGAAAAAAAGAAAUUGGAUAGAAGUUAUGUUGAGGCGUAUAAUAGAUGUGACCUCUGUGUUCAAGUAUUUAAAUCUGCAAAUUUUCUGGAAAAGCAUUAUAAUAAAUUGCACACUUCUAAGCCAGAUUUUGAGAAAUGCAGUAAAUGUUUUCAAUAUGUUAGAAAGACAUCUUUAAAAAUACACAACACUGAACACAACAAAUACUAUAAGUGCAAUUUAUGUAAUGAAGAGUUAUUUAAUAAAAAUGUUUUAUAUUCACACCUCAUCACAACCCAUGACAUAAAAAUAAAAAAGACACCUGUAACAAAAAACCCCGGUUCUAGACCAAGAUUAAGCAAGCCUCUGCGCGAUAAGCCCACUGCUCAGGGCUAUCGAUGCCCAGACUGUAAUAAAUAUUUCGAAACAUCAAAUAUGCGUUACAAACACAUAUUGAAACACCACAGAGAGGGGUAUCGGUGCACGAUAUGCGGAAAAGCCUUUGUGUAUAAAUGUAACUUGAAAAAACAUGAACAAAUCCACGCUGGAACAAUCGCUAGAGCACAAUGCGCGCAAUGUGGUAAAUUUAUUCGAGCUGAUCUAAUGUAUGUACACGUUCAAGUGCAUUCGCAGCGCGAGAGCUAUGAAUGCGCGGUCUGCGACAAACGAUUUGUCUCUAGAGCCACUUAUGACAACCAUUUGAAGUACACGAAGGCACAUGCGAAUGAUAAUAGUAUACUCAGAUUUCAGUGUGAUACAUGUGGAAAGGGAUUCCGAUCCAAGGGUGAACUCAGAGAUCACAUUCACAGUCAGCAUUUGGGAAAGACGCAACACAAGUGUCCCAUAUGUGACAAGCUACUUUCUUCACGCCGCAGUACUACCCGACACGUGAAAAGCGUUCAUCACGGUUUGGUCGAGACUCGCAAAGAUAAAGUGUGUCAAAUAUGUGGAAAAACUUUUAGUUCAAAAAAGAAUCUAUAUGAACACCAAUUAAUUCAUAGUGGAGAUCGACCUUUAUCUUGCAAUGUAUGUGGGGUAACAUUCCGACAAAAGGCUUGUCUAUAUACACACAAGAAAAGGGUGCACAAGAUAUUUCCAAAGGCAAAAACAUUAAAGCCAAUUGAUGACAUUGACAAUUAAAUAUUUCAGAAUUUAAAAUUUAUUACAUUGUUCGUAAUAUUAUAUGCUAUUGAGCAUUAUGUGUUAUAUGUAUGUAUGUGUUGUAAUGUCUUAAAGAUGUUAUAUGUAAUUAUUUCGUUGCAUUUGUAUGAGAAAAUGUAUGUUUCAAAAUUCUUACCAAAUCAACAUAUGAGAAGAAAAUUAUUUUAUUAAGUUCUACUGCUUGCCAAAAAUUUUUAAUACUGGAAAUAAUGUGCAAUAAAUAGCUGGAUUUAUUAAUCAAACCAGCUAAUUAGUCCUCGUCAAUCUACGCACAUGCAUAACUUUGGGGAAAUCAAAAAAUUAUCCCGUCUUUAAUACGUGAGAUUACAUUGUCAACGUUACGAACGUUAAAUUGUAAAAUAUAUUUGUAAGAGUCGUAAUAUUCGUAAGAGUUAUAAUAACACUAAUAAGUAUGCCCGCGGCAUAUAUAGCUAAAAAUAACUUUUCAUCUGCAUAAUAAAAGGAAAUGAUUGGUAAAGUA